CCCACCUUCAAUAAAGAAAUGAAGAAGCUUAUCCAUGGAGGAGACACAUACUGCUGCUCCCAACAAUAAUACACAUGCUCAUCAAUACUCCCCUCCCAUACACCCUUACCCAAUCAAAAAGAUCCAAUUUUUUUUUAAACCCCAAUCUAUACAUACAACUUGUGUGUCUAUAGCUUUGCCUUGAAGGGAACUCUAACCCUCAACUGAAGAUACUAAAAAAAACAAACAACGAUUCAAUAGCUUUGGGUUUCUUCCAUCAUACAUAAGGCUAAUCUGUCAUUUUCACUCUGACGAUUUAUACCCAUCUGAACACUCUUUCCUUGUGAUGGCUUCUAUAGCACCCUUGUCCAAGUCCCAGCCUUUUCUUGAAAACACCCAAUUUACAGGGCUCAAGAGGCCUCAAGCUCCGAUUUUCUCGGUGCCCAUUGGGAGGAAUCAGCAAAGUUCAAGGCUUUCCUUGAGAAAAUCCAAGAUGGUGGUGGCUUCAUCUACAACUGCUGCAGAGAGGCCCAAGAAGAGGUACCCUGGGGAGGCUAAGGGGUUUGUGGAGGAGAUGAGGUUUGUGGCUAUGAAACUGCAUACUAGGGACCAGGCUAAGGAGGGGGAGAAAGAGCCUGAAGGUCAGCCUAUGGCUAAAUGGGAGCCAAGUGUUGAAGGGUACUUGAAGUUCUUGGUGGACAGCAAAUUUGUAUAUGAUACUCUGGAGAAGAUUGUGGAAAAAGCCCCUUUUCCUGAGUAUGCUGAAUUUAGGAAUACGGGUCUGGAAAGGUCAGAAAGGCUGGCAAAGGAUCUGGAAUGGUUUAGGCAGCAGGGUCAUGCCAUUCCAGAGCCAUCAGAACCUGGCCUCAACUAUGCCCGCAUUCUUGAAGAACUAUCACAGAACGAUCCUCAGGCGUUCCUUUGCCACUUUUACAACAUAUACUUUGCCCAUUCAGCUGGAGGCCGCAUGAUUGGGAGAAAGGUAGCCGAGAAAAUACUGAACAAGAAAGAGUUGGAGUUUUACAAAUGGGAUGGUGACCUUUCUCAGCUUCUGCAGAAUGUUAGGGAGAAGCUGAACAAAGUUGCUGAUAGCUGGACCAGAGAGCAGAAGGACCACUGUCUCGAGGAGACAGAGAAGUCGUUCAAGCUCUCGGGAGAUAUUCUCCGUUUGAUUCUCUCCUCGUAAUCUCCAAGCGAGUUAAAUUUCACUCGUGCUGUUUGUAAUGUCCCAGCAAAGCAAAAAAUCGCACUUCCACUGCUGUUAUUGUGUAUGUUUAAUGGCACAGGCUGAUGCCAUUGUCCAUUGUUGAAUGCUCCUUUCCUUGCUUUCAAUAUAAGGCUAUGUAUAUAGUACUUUGCCUGUUAAUAUGCAAAUUCCAAAAUUGGAUCUGAACCUCAGUUUCUGCCCUA